UAUAUGAAUGAACUUCGUAAUUUUGGCACGAUUUUCACGAUAUAUUUACUAUUUACAAACAGUGUAUAUAUAUAUAAAAUUACGUAACUAGUUAAAAUUAUAUUAAAUACUGUACUAAGUUCAUGUCGUGCUGUGUUUCGGUAAUGAUUACUUGAUUCCAAACUGUUCAAAUCCACAUAACCUCAAAAUCAAAACAAAUCGAAAUGGGAACAAAAUUCAACCCUGCGGCGUACAAUUUUCGCAAAAAAUGCCCUUUCGUGAGCAAGGACCUGCUCCGCUGGUUCCCGGGGCAUAUGAACAAGGGCUUGAAACAAAUGCAGAGGAAGUUAAAGUCAGUCGAUUGUGUGAUUGAAGUUCACGACGCAAGAAUACCCUUUACAGGCAGAAAUCCCAUAUUUACGAAUACUUUAACAGGUGCAAAGCCUCACAUACUAGUUCUAAAUAAGAAAGACUUGACUGUAAGUUCAUUAAUACCCAGAAUAAAGGAGCAGUUAAAGGCAGAGGAGGGAGUGCAAAAUAUAGUGUUUACAAACAGUAAGGAUCAGAGUUGUCGCGGCUUGAAGACCUUAAGGCCCCUGAUGGUUGACCUUAUUAAAGAUUCGAAUAGGUAUAACAGAAGCGAAGAGUCCGACUACAAUGUAAUGAUCAUCGGGGUCCCAAACGUGGGUAAAUCAUCCUUAAUCAACAUGCUGCGCUCGAGGAACAUGGGCAUCGGGCAUGCGUUGCCUGUCGGAGCAGUGGCCGGCGUCACCCGCAGUGUCCUGAUGAAGAUCAGGAUCAACAAUAAUCCUAAUAUAUUCAUGUUGGACACUCCAGGCAUCCUAGAGCCCUCGGUGACAGACAUCGAGAUGGGUUUGAAGCUUGCUCUGUGUGGAAAUCUCCAAGAUCACCUGGUAGGCGAGGAAGCCAUCGCGGACUACCUGCUGUACUGGCUCAAUAAGCAUGGCUGCUUUAGCUAUGUUGACUACAUGGGGCUGGUGGAGCCCUGCGACGACAUCAAUAAGGUCCUAAUCUCAGGUGCAGUGAAGUUCAACCGAAUCCGCCGGACGCGCGACUUCGACGGCACGAUGCGUGACGUGCCGGAUUUCAUCGAGGUCGCUCGGACUAUGAUCAAAGCCUUUCGCACCGGGGAGCUCGGCAGGACGCUCCUGGACAUCGAGCUGCUGAAGGACUGUAAGAGGAAAGAGGACCUCAUGGCGUAGGAGUUAGACUCGAGGUUUAAGUAAACAAAGACUUGAAAUUCAUUUUGUAUUAAACAGAAACAGAAUUUUGUAAUCUCAAAGUGUUUGGUUAAAUUAAAAGUGAAAAUUCACUGACUCGGGUGAGACUCGAACUCGCGACACUGGAUCACUAGUAGAGAUAGGCAAAACCCUUUACUGAGUUGAAAAGAUUGAUUCCAAAAUGAUUCAUAUCUUUCGCUCGCGGUGAUAUAUAUCACUCAUUUCGCUCACUUCGCUCAGUGGAUCUGUAGACUAUAUUGUUCAAGAGUGAGUAGAGGGAAAUGUCAAUCAAUCAGAUACACACAGCCAUAAGUGCGACCAAGAUGGCGCGAUACGGUCCAGACACCCUCCGAAUUCUUCCGAACACCUCCGAAACCUAUUUGCAUCGUCUCAGUCGCUUCUCGCUCAUCACGCUCGGCCGGCUCAUUCGAAUCAUGAGUGGGAAAGAGCGCGCAAGGAACACUGAGAUAGAUGAGCGACUGAGCGAGUUAAAUCAAAAGUGAGUUGAAGAGUGAGCGAGUUCAAUGAAAAGAUAUAGGUCAUUUAAAUCACUCACUCGUGAACGAUACAUGUCUGAUCACUAGCCCUUGCUCUACCAACUGAGCUACCGAGACUUCACCCAAAGACAGCGAAUAUUUUCACCAUAUGCCCCUAGCGCCUCGACAUAGUAAAUUUUUCCACUUUUAAUUUAACCAAAGACUUUGUUUAGGAGUUUGAUCGUUUAGUUUAAAAAGAUAAAUCCUUUUUUAUAGAAAAAGAGUCAACUUUAGCACGAACCUUUAGGUUAGAACCGAUGAGCAGAGCACUGCUAGAUAUUAACCUAUUAUCUAAAGCUAAUAUAAAAAUGAUAAAAUGUAUCUUAUGGCUUGAACAUUAGAGUCGGUUUCUGAUCAGUAACAGUUCUGGUUCAAAAACUUGAAUAAGCUGCUUUAAACCUUUAAUUAUUGACAAGAGGAUACAGAUGUAGUGCAUAAUUGUUUUCCAUCG